UGUAAGGGAAGCGGGGCGCAGGCCCUCUAGAUCGCGGCGUUCCGCUGCUAUGGCGGGAGAGCUGGAGCGCUGGGUGUCGGAGCAGCUGCACACCCUCCUGGGGCUAAGCGAGCGCCAUGUGGUCGCCUUCAUGGUGGGCCUGGCUCGUCGCAGCCGCGCGCCGGAGGACUUGCUCGCUCGCCUGGAGGAGACCGAGACCCUGCGCGUGACGGACCCUGCCGCGCGAGCCUUCGCCCAGCAGCUGUGGGAGCGGGUUCCACACCAGGCCCCGCGGGAGCGUCCAGCCAGGGCAGCUGAGCAGGAGGCGUUGGCUUUGCAGCAGAAAAACCGUUCCUAUACGCUGCUGGAAGAUAGUGAUGAUGAUGUGCCCAGUGAAGCAACAGCAGUCCGGGGCUCCAAGCGUCACCACCCCCCACGAGGCCCUGAGGGCAAGCAGCGGAAGCGGCACAAACACCUGAGGCAGCGCAAGGAAGAAGAAGAUGAUGAUGACACAGACUCUGAUGAAAAGGGCAAAGGAAAAGAUGGGGGAUGGAAUUCGGUAGUAAAGGAAGAAGAUUCAGAGGAUGAAUGGGAUCGGAGUGAGCGAGAGCGCCUGCAAGACUUGGAGGAGCGUGAUGCCUUUGCUGAACGGGUCAAGCGCAAGGACAAGGACAAGACGCGCAACAUCCUGGAGCGUUCAGACAAGAAGGCUUAUGAAGAAGCUCAGAAGCGCCUGAAGAUGGCAGAAGAGGACAAGAAAUUCAUGGUUCCAGAACUGCGUAAGAAGUCCCGCCGAGAGUAUUUGGCCAAACGGGAAAAGGACAAGAUUGAAGACUUAGAGGCAGAGAUCGCAGAUGAAGAGUAUCUUUUCUCUGAAAUGGAACUGACAGCCCUUGAGCGGCAGGAGUUGGAAUAUAAACGCAAAGUGCGUGACUUGGCGAAGCAGUACAAGCAGGCUGGAGAGCAGGAGAAGAUGGAGAAGAGCAAUCGCUACUAUAUGCCUGAGGAAAGUCGCAGCAAGAAGAUCCCUGACCGCUAUGAGGAACCCAAGACAGAAGACCACUUGGCCCCACGGGAUGAGCAGCGGCGCUGGGAGGAAGACCACAUUGGGGCUGCUGCCCUCCAUUUUGGUGCCCGGGAUGCUGGUCAGCGCCAUCCACACAAAGACUAUGAAUAUGUCCUUGAGGAGGAUGAGAUGAUCCAGUUUGUGAAUGCUGUGCAGAUGCGGGGCACAGCUCAGAACAAGUCCCAGGAUGAAAAGCCAGAGAUGUCAGAAGCCGAGCGCAAGAAGCUGUCCAUCCAGGAAGUGCGCCAUAGCUUGCCCAUUUUCCCCUACCGUGCAGACUUGCUGGCUGCCAUUGCUGAACACCAGACACUCAUCAUUGAAGGGGAGACUGGCUCUGGCAAGACCACUCAGAUCCCUCAGUACUUGUUUGAAGAGGGCUACACUCAGAAAGGAAUGAAGAUUGGCUGCACUCAGCCCAGGCGAGUGGCAGCAAUGAGUGUUGCUGCCCGUGUUUCCCAGGAAAUGGGUGUCAAGCUUGGAAAUGAAGUGGGCUAUAGCAUCCGUUUUGAGGACUGCACAUCUGAGCGUACAGUGCUAAAGUACAUGACGGAUGGGAUGUUACUGAGAGAAUUCCUGACAGAACCUGACUUAAACAGCUACAGUGUCAUCAUCAUAGACGAAGCUCACGAGCGCACGCUACACACAGACAUCCUCUUCGGGCUGAUCAAGGAUAUUGCUCGCUUCCGGCCUGAGCUGAAGGUGCUGAUUGCCAGUGCCACCCUGGACACAGAGCGUUUCUCCACCUUCUUUGACGAUGCGCCCAUCUUCCGCAUUCCUGGGCGCCGGUUCCCUGUCGACAUCUACUACACCAAGGCCCCAGAGGCUGAUUACCUGGAGGCCUGUGUCGUCUCAGUGCUGCAGAUCCAUGUUACUCAGCCCCAAGGGGACAUCCUUGUUUUCCUCACUGGCCAGGAAGAAAUUGAAGCCUGCUGUGAGAUGCUGCAGGAUCGCUGCCGUCGCCUGGGAUCCAAAAUUGCUGAACUUUUGGUCCUUCCAAUCUAUGCUAACCUGCCCUCUGACAUGCAGGCCAAGAUCUUUGAGCCAACCCCACCAGGGGCCAGGAAGGUUGUUGUGGCCACAAACAUUGCAGAGACAUCUUUGACAAUAGACGGCAUCAUUUAUGUGAUUGACCCUGGCUUUUGCAAGCAGAAGAGCUACAACGCACGCACAGGCAUGGAGUCACUUAUUGUCACUCCCUGCUCUCGGGCUUCUGCCAACCAGCGAGCAGGGCGGGCCGGCCGUGUGGCUGCAGGGAAGUGCUUCCGUCUGUACACUGCCUGGGCCUACAAGAAUGAGAUGGAAGAAACCACAGUGCCAGAGAUUCAAAGGACCAACCUGGGCAAUGUGGUACUGCUUCUCAAAAGCUUAGGCAUCAAUGACCUAAUCCACUUUGACUUCAUGGACCCGCCUCCCCAUGAGACUCUAGUUUUGGCAUUGGAGCAGCUCUAUGCCCUGGGAGCCCUCAAUCAUCUUGGUGAGCUCACCAAGCUGGGCCGGAAGAUGGCAGAGCUGCCUGUGGAUCCCAUGCUAUCCAAGAUGAUCCUGGCUUCAGAACAGUACAAAUGCUCAGAGCAGAUCCUCACCAUCGCUGCCAUGCUGUCAGUCAACAAUGCCAUUUUUUACCGGCCCAAGGACAAAGUGGUCCAUGCUGACAAUGCCCGCAUGAACUUUUUCCUGCCUGGUGGAGACCACCUUGUUCUCCUCAAUGUUUAUAAUCAGUGGGUAGAAAGCGGUUAUUCCAUGCAGUGGUGCUAUGAGAACUUCAUCCAGUUCCGCUCCAUGAGGCGAGCCCGGGAUGUCCGAGAACAGCUAGAAGGGCUGAUGGAGCGCAUUGAAGUGGACAUCACUUCCAGUGAGGGGGACUACAUCCCCGUCCGUAAGGCCAUCACAGCUGGCUUUUUUUAUCACACUGCCCGCCUAACCCGCAGUGGUUACAAGAGUGUCAAGCACCAACAAACUGUAUUCGUCCAUCCCAACAGUUCCCUUUUUGAAGAGCAACCACGUUGGCUCAUCUAUCAUGAAUUGGUCUUCACCACUAAAGAAUUCAUGAGACAGGUUAUAGAAAUCGACAGCACAUGGUUGCUGGAGGUGGCCCCUCACUACUACAAGGCCAAGGAGCUGGAAGAUGCCUCUACGAAGAAGCUGCCCAAGAAAGUGGGGAAGACACGGGAGGAACUGGGAUAAGACGGGAGUCUACUUUCUCCUUCCUAUUAAUCCCUGUGCUGCAGGAGCAUCCUUGGCCUGGGACACUUUUUUUGUACAUCUGUAUAGUUUUGACAUCACUUCAAGAUACAAGAUAAAAGAUUUUUUACAAACUUG